AUGAUGCUGCGGAGUCGUAAUACGAAUGUAAACGUGACGACCAACAACCCCAAAGAACCUGUCAAGCGCCAUGCCACUAAUGCACAAGAUGCGCAUCCCAAACGCAAACGUGCGGGGCUUUCAGAUCUUAGCAAUGCGAUAUCAAGUAACCUGAUCAUUGAUUCGGGUAAGAAGGUCGUUGAUAAGGAUCAGCCACAGAAACGUCGUGGUGCAGCAAAGAUCAUCGAAGCAAAAGAGAAACCAGAGACCGUAGUAGAAGAAUUAGAUGAAGCAGCCGAAGGACCAAUCAACAAACGACUCUCGAAGCUGCGUGAUCCACCAUCCGAUGGUCAAGUUAGUGAUGAAAGCGUUCUUCUACUUGAGGACUCAGCUGCUAUUAAAGAGGUCGACGAUCCAUGUCCAGAAUACGAUUUCGACGCAGAAAGUGGCGAUGAUCCUUAUGCAGUAUCAAUGUACGCAUUCGAUAUAUUCAAAUAUUACGUCUCACGUGAGAAGACUUUCCACGUUGGAGACUAUCUCAAGAAGCAGCCACAAAUAACGAAAGAGAUGCGUGCUGUAUUAGCUGAUUGGAUGGUGGAGGUGCAAGAAAGCUUUGAGCUUAACCAUGAGACGCUCUACUUGGCGAUGAAACUCACUGAUCUCUUCCUCGAUAGAACACCGAAUAUUGGCAGAGAUGAUCUGCAAUUGAUUGCAUCCACAGCCAUUUUCAUUGCGUCGAAAUUUGAUGAGCGUUCUCCACCGCUGAUCGACGAUUUUAUGUACAUCUGCGAGGAUUCGUUCACUCGAGAAGCACUCAUCACAAUGGAACAAAAUAUGCUCAAGACGAUUCGUUUCGAUCUUGGAAGUCCACUUUCAUAUCGUUUCCUCCGCAGAUAUGCUAGAGUGUGUAAAGUGGAUAUGGGAACAUUGACAUUGGCGCGUUACAUUCUUGAGACGUCGCUGAUGUUCUAUGAAUUCAUCGGAGUUUCUGAUAGUCUCAUGGGUGCUGCAUGUUUUCUGAUGGCACUUCGUAUGAAGAAACUUGGUGAUUGGAGUGCAAUUUUACACAAGUAUAGUGGCUAUAAACUGGAAGAAGUGGAACCGUUAAUGUGGAGAUUGAAUCAUAUGAUGAGAAUGAGGCCGAAGGUCUAUGAUCGCCUGGUGACAGCUCAUAACAAAUACAGUCACGAGGUGUUCUUUCACUCAGCAUCCAUACCGCUGUUGGAUGACAUAUAUGCAGACGAUGAACCUGUCGGACCGCCUUCAACUCUCGGCUUUGUAUCUGCCUGA